AUGGGUGGGCGCCCGGGCGGCCCCGGACCCGGCGCCGUGCUCGGAGCGGGUGGCAGCGCCCCGGGGGAAGGCGCCGAGGCCCGGACCGGGGAGAGCGGCUGCGAGGGUGGGCUGUGCGAGGAGCCCGGCGGGCCGCCGGCGCUGCUGGUGCCGCUCGACAGCGGCGCUCUCCUGGAUGAGGACAGUAACCAGCCCAUGCCCAUGGAGCGGUUCUUCGGCAAUGUCGAGUUCAUGCAGGACCUCCCAGCUGCUGCACUUGGAAGCACAACAAUGAGCAGACGAGAAUUUAGAAAGCUGCAUUUCAUUGCAAAGGAAGACGAGGAGGAGGAGGCAGAGCAUAUCAUCUAGCCACAACAUGUAAAACAAACAAAGCUAUUUUUUUAAGGAUUUUACACCAUGAUAUUGGUUAGUGAAAUGCUAUGGCUGGCUGUAUCACUGCCCUGAUGCAUCUGUAUUCACCUUUUCUCAGGGGGAGAACUGGUACGGUUUGUUUCUUUGAGCUUGUCAGAUGCAGUACACUCCCAUGGUUAUUUGAGGGGAUGGGGGAGGGAGAGUUUGAAUUUUUUAGAGAAUUGGAAAUAAAUUGUAGUUUAGCAGUUUAUCAUUUACAAUUACUAGGGGAAAAAAAGCAUAAAAGAAUGGACAUUUCGUUUACUCUGCUGUAAUUCUGAGCCAAUACCUAUAAUGUUCUUAGUGCUCUUUUAAAAACUAAAGAAGCAACCAGUUUGGGAGCACGGAUAGUCAUUUUCCUUAUAAUUGUGAUUUUUUUUGAGGGGGGCCAUCUAAUUAGCAAUUUACCUAGUAGGCUACCAGUACAAGGGAAGGAUAUGAGAGGAUAUCAGCCUCUGUUAUCCUUAUGUUUAUGUCAGUAAACUUAUGUUUACUGUUGCAUGGUUUACUUACAAUUUAAACCUUUAAAAUGCAGUUCUGCUGCCAAAGCUGAAUGCACAUGUCAAUGUGAGCUCAGUAUUUUUGGUCUCAAGAUGAUAAAUUUUUAUUGCAUGUCAGUUUUCUGAACAACUGCCAUGUGAAUUCCAUUGCUUCCCUCUUCCAUCAAAUCAAGUAAGAAAAAUUGCCAUGUUAAAUAUUUGUGCAAUUCAACUUGUGCAGUAUUGCCUUCAACUGACUGCCAAGGGUUAUGAAUAGAUUGUUUUUUUUGAGAUGGUCACUGAUGGUGAUAAAGGGAGGAAUAAAAUCUCUGUACAUURGACUUUUUUGGUAGGUGAGUGAGGAUCGAUUUUUAAGGAUAAGCUCAGUACUCCAGAUUUAUUCUUU